AUGUAAUGCACACGCACACAGCCAAGGACGGACAGAAUAGGAGGAAAGAAGAAAAGUGUUUAUCCGUUUAUUUGUGAAAUUGAGUGAUUGCCUUCUUUUAAAUACCUACCCCAAAUAUCUCUCAUAUCCGUCAAAAUGUCUUCUGUAUGCUGUGGAACUAAGAAACAAAAACUCAAUAAUACAUACAACUCUGAUAUUGACCGUCCAAUGAACGGUUAUACAGAAUCGGUGGCUAUUCCUGAUAUGUGUUUCUUCUGUUUCGAUGUUUUAUAUAGUCAGCUGCACAGUAUGGACCCUCCGCAGACGCCAAACUUUACGAAUGAUGCUUAUCCUUUAUUUGUGACGUGGAAAAUUGGGAAGGAGCAUCGCCUCAGAGGGUGUAUUGGAACGUUCAAUGCAAUGCAUUUACACUCAGGUCUGCGCGAGUAUGCGAUAACAAGUGCAUUGAAGGAUUCUCGGUUCUCGCCGAUCACACGAGAGGAAGUCCCACGGCUGACGGUGUCCGUCUCCAUUUUACAACACUUCGAGGAAGCAGAGCACUACCUCGACUGGAAGCUGGGCAAGCAUGGAAUCCGAAUCGAGUUCAUCAGUGAACGUGGGUCCAAACGGACUGCAACAUACCUACCUCAAGUCGCUACUGAGCAAGGCUGGGACCAAAUUCAGACAAUCGACUCCCUGCUCAGAAAGGGCGGGUACAAGGCGGCCAUCACGGCGGAGCUGCGGCGCAGCAUCAAGCUGACGCGCUACCAGUCCGAGGAGGUGUCCGCCUCCUACGGCGACUACAUCAGCCAGCGCUGCUAGCGACACCCGAGCGCGCUCCCCGCGCCCCAUCUGCACGAUCUAAGACUUGUGUAUCAUCGUAUACCAUAUUUACUUUACGCUAAGCAAGUAUAUCGGAGAUGGAAUAGUGGGCAAAGUGGAAACGAAUAUUGUGUUAGUAAUAACUUAGGUUCUAAGUGUACGUAUAGUGUCCAGAAUCACUUGAAGACGCAAAGCGAACCGUUCAGCAUACUCCGGAACGACCUCGAAAGUACAAGAAGUCAGAAUUAUGUUCAAAGUGAUGCGAGCUCGAAAAUGGAGAGAUCAAGUCUUGUUAAAAUCAUAUAAGGAUAAUAAACAACACUGCCAACAAUUGUACAUUCCUGAAACAUCAACAGUGCCAUCGUUUAAGCAAUGAAUAUAACUCGCUUGUAUUUAAUGUAUAAUGUUCAGUGAUUAUAUUCUACAACUUGAAUAAUUAAUAAAUUAGUGUUAUAGUCUAACAAUCGUGUGGUUAUUUAGUUGCUAGAUUCAUUGAAGGGCGUCAAUUUUAAUGCAAUUUGUCAUUUGUCGUUACACUUUGAUCAAAAUUUUGACUUAUGUAAGAAGUUUAGGUAGUCAAAAUGAUGACCAUAUUGAGCAUUGAGUGUUGUUAAUGAGAGGAUUGCCCAUGCUUCCAUUUGAUCUUAUUGUACUAUAGUGAAUGUUUACAACAACUGCAACAGAUCUCAUAGGGAGUUGAAGGUUCUAACUGUUGUUCAGAGGACUGCACCAUUGUUUUAUUGUUUAAGUACUUAUACAAAGCUAAGUUAGAAAUAUGACAAACGCAGUCUUGAUAUGUACUUUAUCCAUCUUGUUUUCCUUUAGGUUUUUUUUAAACAUUCUCUUUCGGUUACGUGAUUCGCAUUUAUUUUUAUUUUAUCGAUUUUUUCUUUUUUGUAUAUUUGUCGAUUUAUUUUUAUUAACGACAAAAGGCUAAUUUUACAAAAUACUUUUAUUUUGGAGCAAGAUAGAUAGAGUGUAUGUACAAGUAAGGUUUGACAACUUAGCUGUGAUUGUUUCGUGUAAAUAUCCACCACUAAGUUUUCAAGUCAUGAAUGUUAUGGAAUGUUAAUAAUCAUGAAAUUAGAUUUCUUUCUUCGACUAGGUAGAAAAGGAAAAAUUCUAAAAAAAGCAUAAAUAUGAAACUACAAAAAAAUAUGAAUAAGUAAUUAAGCAUAAGAAUUUAUUUUAGGUCGUAAGUCUUACAUUAUCGGGUAAUGUGACAAUUGUUGCAAUAUUUUGCCAACGAACUUAAAACUGGGCUGUUUUUUAUGGAGGAUAAAAUAAAGAGGUAUAAUUUUUAGCUGGGAUGGGACAGAUUAAUAUAACUGACAAAUAAGUGAAAAGUCGCCUGAAAAGAGCCUGUACUCGAGAGGGUUUCCGUGUUGCUUCUAUACUGUAAUGAAAUAAGUAUAUGAGAUCUGUUAUUGACGGACAAUGCACUGCAGAGUUAAUCACCGAAUAUAUUACACAUAGUUAUUUUUUUCCUGACAUCCUUGCAGGCUUAAAAUGAUUGGCCAUUCCUUAUUUACUGAAACACUCCUAUACCUAAAGUGAGAAUUAAAUUACUCUGGAACAGUGCAACCAUCAAGCAUGUUUUCUUUGCGUUUUUAAUAAAACAGAGACUAGCAAAUAAAAUUUACUGGAUUUUAUACUACAAACCAUUCACAACAUUUUUGUAUGUAAUGCAUAAGAAAAAACCAGCCUAUAUAAUUUUGUCUGUCCCUUUGUUAAGUCAUAACUUUUUUGCAGUUUUAGUCCCACUAUUGGCUACUGCCUAACCAUGACACAAUGUAGUUUGUUAUAAAGAAAUAAUUGAAAUCAUUAGAGCUAUAAACCGCUGAUUAGUUGCAUUAUUACCGACUUUUAGUUAAUGUGUUAUGCGUUAUCAGUUUUACUAGCCAACAAAGUAAACAUAUUUGCUGAGUAAUCUCUACAAACGCCCAAGUUUUCUGUACUUUUCUACAAUCAAUUCACAAGACGUAAUAUCGAGGGUUUACCCAGGUUAUUCCAAUUACUUAUACAUUUGGUUAAAAGUGAGUUUUUUUUUAUCAUUCGUCAUCUCGGAGAAAUUAUAGAUGUGGAGUGCCGAGCAUAAGUGUUCUCUGCCGAAGUACAUGAAGUUCGUGUUUUGUUAUUUGUGAGAUGGGUUUUUGUUUUGGUAUGCGUUUUUAAUGGUUUUAUGAGUUUGCGGUAGUGGGUAGAUGUGUGCAUUACCGACUGUAUGUGUAUACCUCACCUCCAACAAAAAGGGAAAGAAAAAAUGAAGUGUAAACAUAGCCCUAAGGCAACUCCAUUCUAUAAUUUCUCCUGAAUUUGUCACAAAUAUUUCCUUUAUUCCGGGAGUGAGUUGAGCUGCGAUUUUGAAGUCUUAAUAUAAGUGACUUCAAUUUCAAAUAACGGGGAGAUUUGAGCAAAAUCUUGAGCUUAUGUGGUAGUAAACUCUAUUCUAUUAAAGAGCCUAUUAGACUUCAUUUAAACCAGGGAUUCAGGGUAUAAAGUUGAGUACCUUGUUUUUAAAGUGCCAAUCGAUACUUAAUGACUAUGGUAAUAAAAUAAUAAUAUUAUAAUAAUAAAACUAGGCUCAAGUGAUUCUUCUUACAUUUUACUUGUCACCUUUUGACUUUAAAAUCACAGCUUACUUUGAUUUGGACUUUAGUGUGUUUUAUUGAAGAGACCUAAAUUAAAUAUAAGUGGAAGGGGCAGGUGCAUGUGUUCAAACAUAGGAAAUGUAAAGUGUAAUUCUCUGAAAAGUUGUGUGCAUAGUUUGUUGUCCGUUUUUUUGUAAUUUUAAACAUUAAUGUAAUAAUAUAGAAUAAUUUGACA